AGCCACUCCUCAACUUGUUCUCGAAGCUUCUCCCCAAAUACACUGCUCUGUGGCCAUCACCAUGUUCUGGAAGUUUGACUUGAACACCACAUCCCACAUCGACAAGCUGCUGGAUAAGGAGGACGUGACGCUGCGAGAGUUAAUGGACGAAGAUGACAUCUUGUAGGAGUGCAAGGCCCAGAACCGGAAGCUGCUGGACUUGUGCAGGCAGCGGAGCAUGGAGGAGCUGGUGAGCCUCGUCACACAGGACCCGGCCCUGGACAUGGAAGAGAAGGUCCACUUCAAGUACCCAAAUACAGCCUGUGAGCUGCUGCCGUGUGACGUGCCGCAGAUCAGCGACUGGCUGGGAGGGGAUGAGACUUUGCUCAACCUUCUUUACGACUUCUUGAACCGUGAGCCGCCCCUCAGUCCUCUCCUCGCCAGUUUUUUCAGCAAGACCAUUGGCAGUCUCGUUGCAAGAAGAACUGAACAGGUGAUUGUGUUCUUGAGGAAGAAGGACAAGUUCCUCAGCCUGGUAUUGAAACACAUCGGCACCUCGGCCCUCAUGGACCUGCUGCUGCACCUGGUCAGCUGCGUAGAGCCCGCCGGGCUCUGGCAGGAGGUCCUGCACUGGCUUAAUGAAGAGAAGAUCAUCCAGAGACUCGAGGAAUUGAUCCAUGUGAGUCAGGAUGAAGAUAGGCAGUCCAACGCUUCUCAGGCGCUCUGCGACAUCGUCAGGCUGGGCAGGGAGCAGGGCAGCCAGCUGCAGGAGGCUCCGGAGCCAGACCCCCUCCUCACGGUGCUGGAGUCGCAGGACUGCAUGCAGCAGCUGCUGAAGAACAUGUCUGAUGGAGCCCAGACUGAGCUCUGCCUCGUCAGUGGGACCCAGGUGUUACUGACCUUGCUUAAGCCCAGGAGGGCGGGGAUGGAGGGCUUGCUGGAAUCCUGCUCCCCGGGACUGGACAGGCUGUGUGCCAUCGGCUCCGGCAUCCUGCGUGGCAUCGAGCCAUGGCUGAAGAACUUCCACCAGCUUCUGCUCAGCCCGCCAAAGAAAACAGCGAUCCUGACCACCAUCGGCGUGCUGGAGGAGCCCCUGGGUAAAGCCCGCCUGCACGGAGCCCACCUCGUGGCCGCUGUGCUGCACACGGACAUGCCCAGCACCAACCAGGAGCUCUGCCGGCUCAACACCAUGGGCUUGCUGCUGGACCUGUUUGUUAAGUACUCCUGGAAUAACUUCCUGCACUUCCAAGUGGAGCUGUGCAUGGCCGCCAUCCUGUCCCAUUCUGCCCGGGAGGACAGGGCCGUGGCCAGUGGACCUGAGGAUGGAGUGGGGCCUCCACCCUCCAUCGGGGACCCAGAGACCCCCCAGCCUGCCGCCGGCCGCCCCGAGAGCACGAUGGUGACCCACCUGUUCCAGAAGUGUUGCCUGGUCCAGAGGAUCCUGGAGGCCUGGGAAGCCAAUGACCACACACAGGCAGCGGGUGGCAUGAGGCACGGGAACAUGGGCCACCUCACCCAGAUCGCCAACACGGUGGUGCAGAACCUGGAGGUCCCCAUGCAGACCCAGGUCAGCGAGGUCAUCCGAGGGCUCCCCUGGGACUGCCGCGGGCGCUGGGAGAGCUUUGUGGAGGAGACGCUGAUGGAGGCCAACUGCAGGAACACAGUGGACCUGGUUAGCACCCACCAUCUUCACCCCUCAAGUGAGGAAGAGGAUGUGGAGGGCGUUUUCCCUGAUGAGCUGUGCCUCCAGCAGGCUUUCUCCGAGUACCAGAUCCAGCAGAUGACGGCCACCUUCGUGGACCAGUUUGGCUUCAGCAACGAGGAGUUUGCCGAGCAGGACAACAGCGUCAACGCCCCAUUUGACAGGAUUGUGGAGAUCAACUUCAGCAUCGACAGCCCCGGUGCCGCUCUGUUUGAGGCCUGCUGCAGUGACCACAUCCAGCCCUUCGACAAGGACGACGACCUCGGAGAGGAUGAGGAGGCACACCGUGUGGCCCAAGUGACCAGAGCCAGGUUCGGGGGCCCUCAUGCUUCAGAGAGCUGCCGGAAGGACGGCCCGGAGCGCCGAGGCCAGGGCGGGGAGGAGAGCUCGGGAGCAGACGGGGACAUGGCUCGGGUGGGCGCCCCUCGGGCUGCCACCCAGAAGGAAGGUCCUCGUGUUGAGGGUGGCUCAGAAGCAGGUGCCCCGUAGACGGUGUUUGAUGAGCCGGAGAAUUCCAUGGCCUCGAGCCCAGCCCUCGCAGUGGCGAUGGGCGUGGGUUCCAGUGUGUGGGCGGCCAGCUCCCCCAGUGCCUUGGCUCCAGAGGAGAAAGGCUGGGCUGAGUUCGCUGACUUCCAGCCUUUCUGCUGCCCUGAGUCGGGGCCCAGGUGCAUCCCCGUGGACAGAGGUCAUGGUGAUGCCCAGGGUGGCCUGAACCAGGGCCCAGAGAGAACCCUCGGCCCAGCCACUCUGGGUGCCUGGAACGCAUGUGUUACCAGGAAGGCACCCCUGGUGGCCUCCAAGAGCCGUGAGGACAAGCAGAUGGUGGCUGUUGCCUCAGAGGCCGUUAGUGUGGGUCCCGGUCGGGAGGCCACCCCCCCCGCCGCCCGUGUCAAGUGGGCUGAGUGCGCCACCAGCACGCCUCCAGACUUGGCCUCCCUUGCGCCUGUGGAAGUGACCUCUGCCCCGGUCGUGGCCAUCCUUCCCGAGGCUGCCAUGGCGGCCACCACAGUACCGAGCAACGCCGGCCCCUCCCUGGCCACCCUGGCAGUCUCUCCUGUGCUGGCCGUGGCCAUCACCACUGCAGCCCCAGCUGGCCCAGCUGUCUCCACGGCGGCCGCCCUAGGGACGGUGACAAAGGACAGGCAGACUGAUGGGCCGCCGCCUGCAGGAGCCUCCUUAAAUGGCCUCGUGUGA